AUGAACCACCUCCUCAUCAACGGGGGAAAGACCAAGGAGAUGAACCACCUCCUCAUCAACGUGAGGAAGACCAAGGAGAUGAACCACCUCCUCAUCAACGUGAGGAAGACCAAGGAGAUGAACCACCUCCUCAUCAACGUGAGGAAGACCAAGGAGAUGAACCACCUCCUCAUCAACGUGAGGAAGACCAAGGAGAUGAACCACCUCCUCAUCAACGUGAGGAAGACCAAGGAGAUGAACCACCUCCUCAUCAACGUGAGGAAGACCAAGGAGAUGAACCACCUCCUCAUCAACGCGGGGAAGACCAAGGAGAUGAACCACCUCCUCAUCAACAUGAGGAAGACCAAGGAGAUGAACCACCUCCUCAUCAACGUGAGGAAGACCAAGGACAUGAACCACCUCCUCAUCAACGUGAGGAAGACCAAGGACAUGAACCACCUCCUCAUCAACGUGAGGAAGACCAAGGAGAUGAACCACCUCCUCAUCAACGCGGGGAAGACCAAGGAGAUGAACCACCUCCUCAUCAACGUGAGGAAGACCAAGGAGAUGAACCACCUCCUCAUCAACGUGAGGAAGACCAAGGAGAUGAACCACCUCCUCAUCAACGUGAGGAAGACCAAGGAGAUGACCCACCUCCUCAUCAACGUGAGGAAGACCAAGGAGAUGAACCACCUCCUCAUCAACGUGAGGAAGACCAAGGAGAUGAACCACCUCCUCAUCAACGUGAGGAAGACCAAGGAGAUGAACCACCUCCUCAUCAACGUGAGGAAGACCAAGGAGAUGAACCACCUCCUCAUCAACGUGAGGAAGACCAAGGAGAUGAACCACCUCCUCAUCAACGCGAGGAAGACCAAGGAGAUGAACCACCUCCUCAUCAACGUGAGGAAGACCAAGGAGAUGAACCACCUCCUCAUCAACGUGAGGAAGACCAAGGAGAUGAACCACCUCCUCAUCAACGUGAGGAAGACCAAGGAGAUGAACCACCUCCUCAUCAACGUGAGGAAGACCAAGGAGAUGAACCACCUCCUCAUCAACGCGGGGAAGACCAAGGAGAUGAACCACCUCCUCAUCAACGCGAGGAAGACCAAGGAGAUGAACCACCUCCUCAUCAACAUGAGGAAGACCAAGGAGAUGAAUCUGAUGCACCAUACGAUGUCUAACCCGAGAGUGUCUCCCCGAGCUCGUCCUACCCCGUCCUACUCGAGAUGA